UCAGGGCUGUUGUUGAAAAGAAACGAAAGCUAUCUGAGCCCCAGCAGACCUGUCUGGAAACUGGGCACUGGCGUGGAGCCUAAUGGCAGCGACAGGGGCUCCGCUGAGGGGAAGGCACCAUGUUGUCUCUUUGGCCCUGGUCACGUCGCUGCUCACCUGCUGCGUCAGGUGCGACAAACUCAGUAACGUCGUACUGAUCCUAGCCGAUGAUCAGGAUGUCACGCUGGGUGGAAUGAACCCUAUGCUCCAAACAAAAGCUCUGAUUGGAGAAGCUGGAGCAACAUUUGUCAAUUCUUUUACAGUGACACCACUCUGCUGUCCCAGUCGUAGCAGUAUUUUGACAGGGCAGUACCCUCACAACCAUGCAGUGAGGAAUAAUUCUCUGUCUGGAAAUUGCUCAAGUGAACUCUGGCAGAAAGGCCCAGAGUCUGUGGCCUUCCCCAUCUACCUCAACAAACAGAAGUAUCAGACCUUCUUCGCUGGAAAGUAUCUUAACCAGUAUGGAAAAAAAGUGGGAGAUGUUGCCCAUGUUCCUCCCGGUUGGGACCAGUGGCAUGCCUUGGUUGGAAACUCCCAGUACUACAACUACACUCUGUCUGUCAACGGUAAAGAAGAAGUGCAUGGUGACAGCUAUGAGAAAGACUACCUCACUGAUCUCAUUACAAACCGAUCAUUGACCUUUCUGGACAAUAGGAGUCCUCAGCACCCAUUUUUCUUGAUGCUAUCUCCCCCUGCACCACAUUCGCCCUGGACAGCAGCUCCACAACACCAGAAUAAGUUUGUCGAUAUAAAAGCACCUCGAGAUGGCAGUUUUGACAAACUAGGAAAAGACAAGCAUUGGCUUCUACGUCAGGCCAGCAACCCAAUGUCAAAUAGCUCACUCAACUAUUUGGACAAUGCGUAUAGGAAGAGGUGGCAGACAUUAUUAUCUGUGGAUGACAUGGUGGCUGCACUAGUAAAAAAACUCACAGAUAUACAAGAGCUGAAUAACACAUACAUUUUCUACACAUCGGACAAUGGUUACCACACAGGUCAGUUCUCGCUGCCAAUCGACAAAAGACAGCUGUAUGAGUUUGACAUUAGGAUUCCACUCCUAGUUCGGGGUCCUGGUAUCAAGCCAAACAUUACAGUGAAGGCUCCUGUUUUGAACAUUGAUCUUGCACCCACUAUACUGGACAUCUCAGGAGUGAACCUGUCAGCUGUCAAUGUGGAUGGUCAAUCAUUCCUCUCCCAAAUGGCCCCAUCACUGCGUAAUGGGACAGCUCGGCCAUUUUUCCUUGUGGAAUAUACAGGAGAGGGAUCUCCAACUUCAGAUCCAAGUUGUCCCAAACUGGGACCUGGACUGUCACAAUGUUUUCCCGACUGUGUAUGUGAAGAUGCCUACAACAAUACCUAUGCAUGUGUACGGACCCUCAGUUCAGACCAAGAUCUCCAAUACUGCGAGUUUGCAGACAGCGAGUCAUUUGUAGAGGUCUACAACCUAACGUCAGACCCCAACCAGCUCGAAAAUAUUUUCAAGAAAAUGGACCCAACUGUUCUCCAAACCAUGAAUCAGCGACUGAUUAAGCUUCAGUCAUGCGUAAGCAGUGGCUGCAGAGACUAUGAAAACAUGAAAUUUAUAUGA